UAUUCAUGACCGGGAUACUCCAAACAACUACUCCGCAGAUUUCCGCUGGAUUUGGCUGCAUGUUUUCCAGUUAGCCCGAGCGGAGCUCCGAUCCUGAGGAUUGUUUGGCGGUAGCGAAACAUGCUAGCGCUGCUCGGUCUAUGUAAAAGAAGAGUGUGUGAGAAGAAGUGAGGAAACGUUUGAGCCAACUGGGAGUUGUCGGUGUUGUUUAUGAUAAUUUUAAUUCCGGGGUGGAUUCUGCUGGGGCGAGCCUGGCAGUACCUGAACACGGUUGACCUGAAACUGGGAAUAACGCAGCGACAGACCGGAGGGAUUAUUUCUUUCCCCCGUGUCUUAAGUGGAUUUCGGCCUUCUUUUCCAGGAUCGCAAGUGGGAACACACCGAGUGUUUUGACAUUGUGAGUCCCGCUGAAACCCGUCCUCUGUCCCGGCGACCUUCCCAUCUGCACCCCUUCUCCGAUGCGGAGAUAUCAGUAGCACCGGCAACCAAACCCCCCCACCACGGCGGCCGGACAUGCUGAAGUGUAUCCCCCUGUGGCGCUGCAACCGCCACGUCGAGUCCGUGGACAAGCGACACUGCAACCUGCAGACCGUUCCCGAUGAGGUAUUCCGCUACAGCCGCAGCCUGGAAGAGCUGCUGCUCGAUGCCAACCAACUCAAAGAGCUACCAAAGCCUUUCUUCAGACUACUGAACCUCCGGAAGCUCGGUCUCAGUGACAAUGAGAUCCAAAGACUCCCACCCGAGGUGGCCAACUUCAUGCAGCUGGUGGAGCUGGACAUCUCCAGAAACGACAUUCCUGAGAUCCCUGAGAGUAUAAAAUUUUGCCGGGCUUUAGAGAUCGCAGACUUCAGUGGAAACCCCGUCUGCAGACUACCAGAUGGUUUCACUCAGCUCAGAGCGCUGGCUCACUUGGCGCUCAAUGAUGUGUCACUACAAGUGCUGCCCGACGACAUAAGAAACCUGGCCAACCUGGUGACGCUGGAGCUCAGGGAGAACCUGCUCAAGUCUCUGCCCACGUCACUGUCUUUCCUGGUGAAACUGGAACAACUGGACCUGGGCAGCAAUGAACUGGAAGUUUUGCCCAACACUCUUGGCGCUCUCCCCAACCUGAGGGAGCUGUGGCUGGACCGGAACCAGUUGUCCUCGUUACCACCUGAGCUGGGGAACCUCCGGAGGCUGGUGUGUCUGGAUGUGUCGGAAAACCGUCUGGAGAAGCUUCCCUCGGAGAUCAGCGGUCUGUUGGCGCUCACCGACCUGCUGCUCACACAGAACAUGCUGGAGGUCGUACCAGAGCUGUUAGGCUGCCUGAAGCAGCUGUCCAUCCUGAAGGUGGACCAGAACAGACUGACCCAUCUGACCGACUCCAUAGGAGAGUGUGAAAACCUGACGGAGCUCGUCCUCACAGAGAACCUCUUACAAUCACUUCCUCGAUCCCUGGGCAAGCUGAAGAAGCUGACCAACCUGAAUGUAGACCGCAACCGCUUGGGUGGCGUUCCCAAAGAGUUGGGCGGGUGUUCCAGCCUCAACGNNNCCGCGCGGAGGGGCACCCGCCUGGGCAAUCUGCCUGCUGAGCUCGCAGAUGCUACUGAGCUGCAUGUGCUGGACGUGGCUGGAAACAGAUUACAAAACUUGCCCUUUGCUCUGACCAACCUCAACCUGAAGGCCAUGUGGCUGGCAGAGAACCAAUCACAGCCCAUGCUCAAAUUCCAGACAGAAGACGAUGAACGAACAGGGGAGAAGGUGUUGACCUGUUAUUUACUGCCGCAGCAGCCGUCGCCCAGCCUAGAAAACUUGCUACAAAACAGCGUGGACGACAGUUGGACGGACAGUAACCUGAACAGGGUGUCGGUCAUUCAGUUCCAGGAAGAGACGAAGGCUGAGGAGGAGGAUGACGAUGCGGCGGAAGACCGAAGAGGUCUUCAGCGCAGAGCCACGCCGCACCCCAGUGAGCUGAAGGUGAUGAAGAAGGUGAUCGAGGAGAGGAGGAGCGAGGCCUGCAGAGGUGAAGGAGAAGAAGAGUCGGCUGACGCACAGGACAAACGCCUCAGUGACCUCUCCAACCAGAGCCACGACUCCCAGGUCUCCAACAGCACGCUGUCGGCCACGUCCCACGAGGAAAAACAGAAUGCGUCCAUCCCAGGGCAGAAGGACGACCUGGUGGACGGUCACUCCCCUCAGGAGGAGGAGGAAUUGGAUGAGAUGGAGGUGGAGUACAUCGAGCCCACCGUGCACUUUGCAGAAGAGACCAUCAUUCGCGGCCGGGACGACGACGAUGACGGGGAAGACGGCGAGAGGAGCGACGAUGAAGAUGAGAGACCGACCUUCCCCGCUGAGAAGCAGCGUCUAAUCAGAAAGGACACGCCGCAUUACAAAAAGCACUUCAAGAUCACCAAGCUGCCCAAACCGGAGGCCGUGGCCGCUCUGCUGCAGGGCUUCGGUGCGGACGGCCUCGGCUCUCCCACACAGGCCGUGGAAGACGAGGAAGACGAAGAGGAGGAAGACGAUGAGCUGAGUAUGCGCACUCCUCAGCGCCACCACAGAGUGGAGGAGCUGGACGACAGCAGGCAGCAGGUCAACAACAGUCAAGUCAAGGGGGUGUCAUUUGAUCAAGUCAAUAAUCUGCUGAUUGAACCUGCUCGAAUUGAGGAGGAAGAGCACACUCUGACCAUACUGCGACAAACAGGAGGCCUGGGCAUCAGCAUUGCUGGAGGGAAAGGAUCGACGCCGUAUAAAGGAGAUGAUGAGGGAAUCUUCAUCUCCAGAGUGUCAGAAGAGGGGCCUGCAGCAAGAGCAGGGAUCAAAGUGGGAGACAAGCUCUUAGAGGUGAACGAGGUAGACCUCCACCAAGCAGAGCACCACACGGCGGUGGAGGCUCUCCGCAGCUCAGGCGCCACCGUUUCCAUGACGGUGCUACGGGAGCGUAUGGUAGAGCCAGAGAACGCCAUCACCACGACGCCGCUCAGGCCAGAAGACGACUACUUCCCGAGGGAGAGACGCAGCAGUGGCCUGGCCUACAACAUGGAGGCGGGCUCCAGCGGCCCACGCCAGAAGCUGUCCACGUGUCUCUUCCGCAACGACAAGGGGCUGGGAUUCAGCAUCGCCGGCGGCAAAGGCUCGACGCCGUAUCGCACGGGAGACACGGGAAUUUACAUCUCCCGCAUCGCAGAGGGUGGAGCAGCACACCGAGACAGCACGCUGCGUGUGGGCGACAGGNCGAUCCAGAUCAAUGGUGUAGACAUGACAGAGGCCAGGCAUGACCAGGCAGUAGCGCUCCUUACCGGCACCUCCCCCACGAUCACUCUCGUGGUGGAGCGAGACCAGAAUGCGGCGGCGGGCUCUCCGGGUCAGUCCCGAGCACGCGCUCACUCCCCUCCACCACCAGAACCGUCAGAUUCUCCAGACCAGGAUGAGGAAGGACUACAGGGGAACCACCUGGGUCGGAUGGAGGACGAGUAUCCAAUCGAGGAAGUGACCCUGUUGAAGUCAGGCGGUCCUCUUGGUUUGAGCAUUGUCGGAGGCAGCGAUCACGCCAGCCAUCCGUUUGGCAUCAACGAACCUGGAGUUUUCAUCUCAAAGGUGAUCCCUCACGGUCUGGCCUGUCAAAGUGGCCUGCGCGUCGGAGAUCGAAUCUUGGAGGUGAACAGCAUCGACCUGCGUCACGCCACACACCAGGAAGCCGUGCGAGCGCUGCUGGCCAACAAGCAGGAGAUUCGGAUGUUGGUACGCAGGGAUCCAUCGCCGCCCGGGAUGCAGGAGGUUGUCAUCCUUAAGCAGCCGGGUGAAAAGCUGGGCAUCAGUAUUCGUGGAGGUGCCAAAGGUCACGCUGGAAACCCCUUGGACCCCACGGACGAAGGGAUCUUCAUCUCCAAGGUGAGUUCCUGCGGGGCAGCAGCACGAGACGGACGACUGCUGGUCGGCAUGAGGAUCCUGGAGGUGAACAACCACAGCCUGCUGGGAAUGACGCACACAGAGGCCGUCAGAGUGCUCCGCGCCGUGGGAGACUCCCUGGUCAUGCUGGUGUGCGACGGUUUUGACGCCAACAAAGUGUCUGUGGUGGAGGCGUCUCCCGGCAUCAUCGCGAACCCAUUCGCAGCAGGCAUUGUACGUAAGAACAGCAUGGAGAGCAUCUCAUCCAUCGACCGGGAUCUGAGCCCUGAGGAGAUGGAAAUCAUACAGAAGGAGUCUGAGAUGGUGCGGGAAACGUCGCAGUGGGAGCGAGAAGAGAUGGAGAAAGUGGAGCGAAUGCGCUUGGAGCGUGAGGAGGCAACUCGCCUGCUAGAAGAGGAGACUGAGAACAUUGGCACUGGACCUUUAAAACUUGACUAUAAAACCCUGGCUGCUCUUCCAACCACCAGUCUACAGAAGGUCAACAGGUUUUCCUCCUCUGAUUCUGUGACUGCUCCCAUGGAGGCCCCCCUGCCGGCCCAGUACGGAGCCCCUCUAGAGCCGCUGGGCUUCAGCUUAGCUCAUGGCGUCCCGCCCGUUAACAGCCACGUGGAUCCACAGUCCCUCAGUCUAAACAUUGACCACAGUUACCCUAACGGGGCGUCCACCGCCGACAGCGUCGGUUCAUCGACGACCAUUCUCCCACCUGAAGAGCAGGAGGAGGAGGAGGAGUGUCUGGUGGACUCUCAGCCCAUCUGCUUCAAAGAGAACCCUUUCUUGGUGGCCAACCGUAAAGGCAAAGGCCUGCCCCCGGGGGCGCAGGUCCUGUCAGGCCCACCCGUGGGCUACGGGAAACCCGGCCAACUGAAGCCCUGGUUGUUCAGCAAGGCACCUUCCUCUGACUACACCAGGACAGCCAGCCCCAUCAGGGAAACCCCGUACUCCCCCACCAUCCAACCGGCGAGCGUUCAUUUCACCUCCACCCCCGCGGCCAAGGACAACACCUCAUCAUCAACGCGGCCUGGUGCCAUCCAGCCUGUCGGCAGAGUGCAGCCCAGAACCUCGCCCGCCACUCCAGAUGGACACAGCCCCAACCCAUUCCAGCAUGGCCCCUCCCCCUUCAACUCCCAGACCCCUCCUCUCGCCCCCUCCCUCACUUCGCCCGACGAGCUCCCUCUGAAUGUCAAGCAGGCAUACAAGGCUUUUGCCGCGGUGCCUCGCUCUCUGGCAGUGCUGGAGCCGCCGCAGGACCUGUAUGGUAUGAAGAACAGUUUCUACCCAAACCAAGUUUCUCCAGAGCCUGAGAUGAGCAACGAUGUAUUUGAUGAUGACAUAGACGGUCAGGACGGAGGUCAGGGUCUGACCGGCCAGGUCUCCCACUGGCCGUCACUCACGUCUGACCGUCGGGACUAUAUGAGCCUGGCAGCAGUGCCUCGUGUCUCCAGGCCUUCGACGGAACAGCAGAGUCCGUCUCCUGUGAACAAGGACAGUCCAGAGCAGCGUUCCUUCAGGGACAGGCAGAAGUACUUUGAGAUCGAUGUGAAGCAGCAGACCCCCGAGAAACCCAGACCCAGGGUCUCUCUGGUCGGAGAGGACGACCUCAAGAAGAUGAGAGAGGAGGAAGCGAGGAAGUUUGACCAGCGGGCGCAGGAGUACCUGCUGGACGAAGAUGACGAGGACGAAGAGGACGAGGACUUGGCCAAGCAAGUGAAGGUCACGGGGAAGGUGUUGCUGGACGGCGUGGAGUAUAAAGUGGAGCCAGUGUCUCCUCCACCCCAGCACUACUCCACGCCUCCACACUACAACCUGACUCCACCCAGCUACUGUGGCAGCUCUGGACCGUCGUCUGUCGAUGGUAAAGGAGAUUCUCAGAGGAACUCUCUGGACGACAGCUUCAGGCUGGAGCAGAGGCCGAACUCCAUGACGGGUCUGAUCCCAGUGUACACCGGGGAGUCGUCGGCUCCCAUCAGAACGGCCAAGGCUGAGCGCAGGCAACAGGAGAGGCUGCGGAUGCAGAGCCCUGAACUGGCGGUGGCGCUGGACAAAGACCUUUCACCUUCUGAGAAACGAGCCCUGGAGGCGGAGAAACGAGCCAUGUGGAGAGCAGCACGACCCUAUGGCCUGGAGGAGGAUGUUAGGCAGUAUGAGCAGGACCUGGCUAAAAGGCUCUACCAGGCCCGGGUGAGGGCAUCUCAGGGUGUGUCUGCAGCCUCCCAGCCCCUCACCUCCUCCACCACCACCACCUCCUCCUCCUCAGCUGCAGCCUUCCAGCCCAGAAUGAAGUCUCUGGAACAGGACGCACUGAAGGCUCAGAUGGUCAUCGCCAAGUCUCGGGACGGGAAGAAACGUGGGACCCUGGACCAGUUGACGGAGUCCCCAUCACCUGCUCCGACACCGUCUCCUACACCCAUGGAAGAACUCAGUCCUCGUGGGAUGACGUCACCGGGCAGACUGUCCCUGUCCACAAAGAAGUUUGACUACCGACAGUUUGCUGCCAUUCCUUCUUCCAAACCCGUUUACGACAUCCAGUCCCCUGAAGCGGACGACCUGCAGUACAUGGACGACGGCUCCAGGCUCACGGCUGACCCUGAGGCAGAGAUGAUUCCCACCAUUGCCGCCCCGCUGCCCACCACCUCCGCCCUGGAGGAGAUGUCUUAGAAGAACAACAAGGGUAAGGGGAGGCAGGGCCGCCGCAGCCUGGAAACAGCCGUGCCCACGUAACACCCCGAGUCGCCUGGAGGGGGAACCAAACACACUUGUUUUAAAACCAACGCUGUGGAACACUGGCAAACACACAUGGCAAACUCCCC